AUGUCCUUUAGCAGCAGUAACCUUUGGCGUAACUUUGGCAUUCUCUGCGCCUGGUGCGUUUUCUUCGUGGCAAUGACCGUCUUCUUCACUUCCAGGUGGAAGCAGAUGGGCGAAGGUGGUCGCGGCCUCCUUAUCCCCCGUGAGAAGCAGAAGAAGGUACCUAAGGCUGUGGUUGUGGAUGAGGAAUCCCAGGCUGUUGAGAAGCUAUCUGAGAACUCCGGCUCCGAUUCCGAGAAGUCUGACGUAACUAUCGACAAUCAGCUCGUUAAUAAUACAUUGGUCUUUAUCUGGAAGAAUCUGACUUACACCGUUAAGACGCCGCAUGGCGAUCGUCUUCUUCUCGAUAACGUUUAA